GCUCUUGCAGGGGCCGAUCGCAUCGCCUGUUCCGCGAGGACACAAGUUCAAACGUCAAAAACUUUGCGUGUAACAAUUCGCCGUCUCGUAGCUACAUACUGUCGUCUCCUAUCAAAACUGUCUACAUCUUACACUGUGCUUACUACAGAUUCAAUAACAUUUUGAGUGUCCAGUGAUUCGUUUUGAUUCUGACCAGUUUUAUAAAAGAUCGUGUCUUCAGUUUUGUGGAAAGCACCGGCAUCGAGUGCAUCCGAGCAGGAUCCUGUUGCACCAUAUUUUAGUAACGGUACUACGUGUUGUCUACAUAUACUGACUGGCUAAUCUGUCAACAUACAGAUACAGAUUACUUUAUAUUUACUACAUUGUGAAACAAAAUGCUGCGGUGCAUACGGAGCCGGUGUAAGUCGUUCCCAUCAUUUACGACUUGAAAUCAUAAUUUUUAAUAUUUAACCCUACAAUCAAAUUGUUGAAAUCGACUUCAAAGAAGUUACUUUUUUGUGAUACAUAGAUCAGAAUAGUUAAGGCAAAAUGAAUUUUAAGUUCAUAUCACUGAUUUUGACUUGGAAUUUUCUGUUAGUGUCCGCUAAAAUAGACUCAACAGAGGAGGAGAGUGCGUCUAGAGCGAGAAUGUUAAGAAACAGAGAGAACAAUAGAAAUCGCACCACCUUUAAUGGCACUUUAACUGAUAUUCCCGAUAGGAGAUACUUCAGACACAGAAACAGUUCUAAAUAUCGAGGUGACAGACAAAGAUAUUGGGAACACGAAACAAGGCGUGACCGAAGAAAGUUAUCUGCGAGCCACUCUACUGAAGAACAAAAUAAAUCAGCUGAUCCUUUCAGUUCGAAAAGAGAAGACAAACCCCGAAAAUCUGAGAAGCAAUGGAAUAGGAGUUACAUCGACAAAACCCCAGCACGCGGAUCAAAUAAUCAUAGUAAGAUGCAAGAUAGGAGUCACCCUCUGCCUGUUAGGGAAAACACGACGCGGUCCAGAUUGCGAAUGGCAAACAAAUGGCAGAGUGGCGGCUAUAUUCCUUACCCGCAGCCGAGGGAGAGAAAGCCCAAUAUAAUUCUAAUUCUGACGGACGAUCAAGAUGUGGAACUGGGAAGUCUUAACUUUAUGCCGAGAACAAUGAAAGCUAUAAGAAGCGCAGGAGCUGAAUUCCGUCACGCGUAUACUACUACGCCCAUGUGUUGUCCAUCAAGGAGUUCCCUUCUAACUGGAGUUUACGUCCACAAUCACAACGUGUACACAAACAACGACAACUGCUCGUCUCCACAGUGGCAAGCCAAACAUGAGACUAACACAUUCGCCACAUACCUCUCCAAUGCUGGUUACCGCACUGGCUACUUCGGAAAGUAUUUGAACAAAUAUAACGGAUCCUACAUUCCACCUGGAUGGCGCGAGUGGGGCGGUCUCAUCAUGAAUUCGAAAUACUACAACUACAGCAUCAACAUGAACGGCAAGAGGAUUAAACACGGCGACAACUACCACCGGGAUUACUACCCGGAUUUGAUCGCGAACGACUCGAUAGCCUUCUUGCGCGCCUCGAAGCGUCGCUUCACGAGGAAACCAGUUCUGUUGGUGAUGUCCUUCCCAGCACCUCAUGGCCCCGAAGAUUCAGCCCCGCAAUACUCACACCUGUUCUUCAACGUGACGACACACCACACUCCAACAUACGAUAUGGCACCGAAUCCCGACAAGCAAUGGAUUCUUCGAGUCACGGAGAAAAUGAAGCCUAUACAUCGGCAGUUCACAAAUCUGCUCAUGACCAAGCGUUUGCAGACACUGCAAAGCGUUGACAUGGCCGUAGAACGCGUCUACCAAGAGCUGAAGGCGCUAGGAGAGCUCGACAACACCUACCUGGUGUACACAUCGGACCACGGAUACCACCUCGGCCAGUUCGGGCUGGUGAAGGGCAAGAGCUUCCCCUUCGAGUUCGAUAUAAGGGUGCCAUUCUUGGUCCGCGGACCUGGAGUCGAGCCCGGUACUGUAGUGGACGACAUCGUGUUGAACAUAGAUUUGGCUCCAACAUUCCUGGACAUGGGUGGGGUUGAGCCGCCCGCGCAUAUGGACGGUCGAUCGUUGCUGCCAUUGCUUCAACCAAGACGAAGGCGUAUGGCCACGCAUUGGCCAGAUACUUUCCUUGUUGAGAGUUCGGGACGCCGCGAAACGCAAGCUCAUUUAGCAGCCGCCAAAUACAGUCGACAUAUGAACCAAGCCACGUCCUCUCCUACGCAAGCACCAGACUCUUCUUCAGAAAGCGGCGACUUCGAUGAUGAUGUCAACGAUGAUGACUUCUUGGACCCCGAUGAUGAGGAAGACGAUGAUGAAGAUGACAGUAAUGAAAGUCAAUCAAACGAGCCCAAAAGCUCGUCCGAACCGCUGGUGACCAAUGAGAGCCACAACCCUCUUUUGGAAGCAAGCCUUGAAAAAGCCCUAGAGGAAGCCAGCACUAACGGUCAAUCAUAUUAUUUGAACCCUACAGAAGAAGCAGAUUCACCUUUAUCAAACGGUAAAGCUGCUCGCCUCGCCGCUGAGUGUUCUAAGGCAGAACUAAGAGCGCCUUGCUCGUCAGGAAGAAAGUGGAAAUGUGUUUUAGUAAAUGGGAGAUGGCGACGACACAAAUGCAAAUAUGAAGCUGAAAUAAGCACUCCCUCUCCUAAAAUGAGCACAAAAAAGUGUGCCUGUUUCACACCUAGUGGUCUCGUUUAUACUCGACUAGAAACCGAUGGAACGAUAGCGAGACGACCUAGCGAUACUACUAAACAAAGCAACAGUACGAGAGCUCGAAGAUCCAUUGACAGCGAUAACGAUGUAUUUGAACCAAACACUGUUGAUAGUAUUUUGAAAGAAAAUCCUAGUAUAGGACAUCUCAGUUUCGGGAACGAACCUGUGGAUGAGGAAUUAAACGAAAGUUUCAAGAAUAAUAUUGAGAAGCUCAUCAAAGAAACUGAAGCCUUUUUGAGAGCUUACGAACAUACCAAAGAUAAUGUAGGUUUAAAGAGAAUUAAAAGAAGAGCUCAGCAUUGGAAUCAUAACAACCAUAAUAAGCAUAAGCAAAAACAUAACGCUGUUGUCAACAGUAACGAAUCAUCGUUAGAAUGUAAAAUAGAAAAAGACGGGACAGUCAACUGUUCACAAGUUAUUUAUAAUGACUUAAGAGCGUGGCACACAAAUAGACUAAGCUUAGAAGACCAAAUAAGACAAUUGAGAACAAAACUAGAGGAUUUGAAAGAAAUAAAGAGACAUUUGAAAACCACAAAGCCAGCUGUAGAAUCGCACGCAGUAGACUUAUUGAAUUUUACACUUCAAUCCCCUAAUAAGACAGUACACCAUCAUAAUAGUUCAAAAGAACAUCUCCGAAUGAGCAGGUUGCAUAGAAUUAGACCUAAGUCUAGGAAUAACACUUCCUUUGACAAGAAAUUUAGGCAGUCAAACGAAUAUAUCAUGCCGACGGCAAAUGCUAAUACCAAAGAUGAUGUUUUUGAUAUACAAAUGAAAAACGACACAGAUAUUGAUACAACAACAAAUUUUAAUAUAUCUGAAGGUGCGUUAAGUAGUAAUUUAACAAAUAUUCCCAUGUCUGAGUUACCUAAACCACUAGUAACAACAGUUAUAAUUGAAAACAAUAACUAUUUUCAAAGUGUAGCAGAUAAUGAUAAUGCAACAAUAAAAGCUGCUGAAACAAGUACAAGUGACAUUAGAAUACACACGGAUAACAUUUUUGAAUCACCAAAAAAUAUAGAUGUUACAACAGAACCGAGUUCAACCAUUAACUUUUCUCAGGCCGCACAAGUUUUUAGUACUGCUAUUGAUAAAUUAUUGACCACAGAAAAAUCUUUGUACAGUACAACUGAAACUGAUAUAAAUUAUUCUAUGACUCCGAUUGAAGUGACAUCACAAAAAUUAGGACCAACAAGAUUCGAUGCUUCAGAAUAUGAAGAAAGAAACCCGAACAAAGAUUCAUCGAAAAAUAUAAGUAUUUUCAAUAGGCAAUCUAACGUUUUCCAAAGGAGACUUAAUCCAUUGUAUAUUGAAAAUGAAGAUAAACAUGUAUGUUACUGCGAAGAAAACCGUAAAUCACGAGGUCCGGGACAUUCUUAUUUAGAGGCAGCCCAAAAAGCAAGAGAUGAACGCAGAAAGUUAAAAGAGCAGAGAUUGCGAAAGAAGUUAAGGAAAGCCAAAAAGAAGGCCGAAUUGGAGAAACUCUGCGAAUCGGAGCGAAUGAAUUGCUUCCGUCACGACAACGACCACUGGCGAACUGCACCACUAUGGACAGCAGGGCCUUUCUGCUUCUGUAUGAGCGCUUCCAACAACACUUACAACUGCGUGCGGACCAUUAACGCGACGCACAACCUUCUCUACUGCGAGUUUGUCACGGGAUUAGUCACCUACUACAAUCUGAGGAUUGAUCCAUUCGAAACUCAAAAUAGAGUAAAGUAUUUAACUACAGCUGAAAAAGAAUAUUUCCACAAUCAACUUCAGCAGUUACUAAGUUGUCGGGGACCAUCAUGUCGAAGAUUUUCACAUUCAAAUACUGGCAGUAGUGAAGAGACUUUAAACAGGAGAUUCGAAGACGAUCAUCGAUAUAGAGAUCUAAUAGGAUAUAAUGAAAGGUCGUGGCGAUGGAAUGGCUACGGUCGCCGUUUCGCUAGAGAGAGGCUUCACAGGCGUCGUCACGCCAUGGCAUUCUAGUCUACCCACAUUCGAUAAAUUUGGUAUCUCUAACAUGAUAAGCAGAACCUGUAUUAAAACGAAAAUCAAAGAUGGCUGAAAUGAGGCGUAGAAUGAAAGAUAAUAUUCGUACGCAGGUGUUCUAAUUGUUGACUUGUGAUUCAAUACAACAAAAUGAUUUAGAAUAGCAAAACCUACACAUUGGAAUAAGAUAAUUUUAAUUUAUGCAUCGAAUAUAGUAGGGCUUCCUUUACAUUUUCGGCUAGUUUUCAUGAAUGGAAGAUUCUUAUAUUAUUACGAAUAUUAAUAGGUUAAAUGAACAUUAUUAGAUUUACACAGCUUUAGUAGA